CGCAUGGAUCGACUGACUAAAGACGGGAAGCUGGGAGGAGGAAGAGCCAGGAGAGGAGGCAAAGCCGACGUUGCUGCUUCUACCCCACACUUCCUUGGUUGCAUCUUGAAUCAUCUUUCUUGCCUCUCAAAAGGACUGUCUUCGUCGUCACGUCCCUUUCUCCCUUCGUCCUCAUCUUCAUCUAGAUUAAUCGCAGGUCGCCUCAUCGUCAUCCACGUCUAGACCUUCUUUCAUCCACAGCAUCGCGACUAUGCAGACUCAAACGGACGUUGACGUACUCGUCAUUGGAGCGGGCAUCAGCGGUAUUAAUGCCGGCUACCGCCUCCAGACGGAGACCAAGUUCAACUACCAGAUCUUCGAGGCCAGGCACGACCUCGGUGGGACGUGGAGCAUGUUCCAGUACCCUGGCCUGCGAUCUGAUUCAGACAUGUUCACCAUGGGCUUCCCAUUCCGCCCUUGGACAGCCAACAAGGCCAUCGCGGAUGGAGCUGACAUCUACGACUACGUCCGCGAGACAGCCGAGGAGUAUGGCAUCGACAAGAAGAUCACGUACAACCGCGAGGUCCACUCGACUGAGUGGUCCUCCACUGAGCGCCAAUGGAAGGUGACCUCGCUGGACAAGACGACGGGCAACACCAAGACUACGACUUGCAAAUUCGUCCUCUUCUGCAGCGGGUACUACGACUAUCAGGGCGGCUACCAGCCAGAGGUGCCCGGUAUGAGGGAUUUCAAGGGCAAGUGGAUUCACCCGCAGGCCUGGCCCAAGGACUACGACUACACGGGCAAGAAGAUGGUCGUCAUUGGAUCCGGCGCCACAGCGGUCACCCUCCUUCCCAACCUGGCAAAGAAGGCCAAGCACGUCACCCUCCUGCAGCGCUCCCCGACCUACAUGGUCAGCCUGCCCAACGCGAACAGCCAGAGUCUCCUCGCGCGUCUCGUCCCCACGAUGCUCUACUUUGCCAUCCUUCGCUUCUUCCUCGCCCUCCGUAACUACGUCUUCUACUGGGUUUGCCAGGGCUUCCCGCGUAUCUCCCGCUACGUGAUGCUCUCCCUCACCAAGCGCCAACUCCCCAGCCGAAUCAGCAUCGACCCGCAUUUCAGCCCCAACUACAAGCCCUGGGACCAGCGUGUCUGCCUGGUACCGGAUGGAGACAUGUUCAAGGCCCUCAGGGAGGGCAACGCGGAUAUCGCCACUGGCAAGAUCGACACGGUCACGCCGAACGGGCUGCGCCUGGAAGACGGGCAGGAGAUCGAAGCCGACUGCAUCGUGUGCGCCACAGGCUUGAACCUCAAGCUCUUCGGCGGAGCAAGCCUCAUCGUCGACGGAGAGAAGGUCGACACGAACAAGCGCUGGGUCUUCCGUGGGCAGAUGCUCUCCGGCGUGCCUAACGCUUCCCUUUGCUUUGGCUACACCAACGCUUCGUGGACUCUCGGAUCGGACGUAUGCGUACUCUACGCCACGCGUCUGCUCAACGAGAUGGACAAGCGCAACAUCUCGCACUUUGCGCCUCGAGGUCCUCCGGGCAAGAGUAUCGAGAAGUCGGAGCCUAUGAGCCCGCUCCAGUCCGGGUACUUCUUGAGGGCAAAGAAUGUGCUGCCCAGGAGCGCCGGGACGAACUACAAGGGUGGUGUGUGGGCCAUGAGGAGCAACUGGUUCUUUGACUGGCUGCAGGCACGUUAUGGCGGUGCCUUUGACCACAUGGACGUCUUCUACGCGCCCAAGGCCGAAGCAAAGAAGGUGCAAUGAGCAGCUUCCAGUCUUCAGCUUGCCUUCCUCUUCUUCGCUUUCCCACACCUCAUCGACUCAGAUUCGUCUCGCGUUCCCUUCUGCCUU